AUGCAAAAGAAACUACCAAGGUUGAAAAAUGUCAGUUCAGGAUUGCUGGGCAAAUCUGUUGAAAUAGCUAAAAUGAAGGGUGUGAGAAUUAAGAGUUCUUCUUCUUACGAUGGCACCUCAACAUCGGAGGAAGAAAUUGCACAUUUCAAGAAACUAGCACCAACUUGGUGGGAUACGUCAGGAUCUCAGCGAAUAUUACAUAAGAUGAAUUUAUCUAGGCUAGAAUUUAUGAGGAAAAUCCUUUCAAAUGAAGUUAAGAUUUCAAAUUCACGGAUUGUAGUUCCUGGUUUUAACUUCAAGGACCAUUUACCCCACGAUGUGGGUGAACAAGCUAGGAAGGCGUUGGAAAAUGAGGUGCGAGUUCAGCUGAAUAGAGGAAAAUACAAUGUGUUAGAUGUGGGAUGUGGUGGAGGAAUCCUAUCAGAAUCAUUGGCUAGAUUACCAUUUAUUCAAAGUGUGCAUGGUAUUGACCUAGCAUCAGAGUGUAUCACUGUGGCGAAGCAGCAUCGUGACCGGGAUCCCAUGAUUAAGGAUAAAAUUGUUUACGAAUUAAAACCCUUAGCGGAUGUGGAUGCUAAAUAUGAACUUGUAACAUUGUUCGAGAUUUUGGAACAUACAGACAAUCCAAGCGAAAUGUUACGCCAUGCAUGGCACAAACUCAAACCUAACGGAAUUCUUUUCCUAAGUACUAUAAACCGAGAUUUUGUGUCAUGGUUUACAACUAUAUUCGUGGCUGAAAAUAUACUGAACAUAGUACCCAAGGGCACACAUCAUAUAGAAAAGUAUGUUAAUUCAUCUGAGAUACUACAUUGGUUCGAAAACAAUGCGCCUGGGUCUCAUAAAGUGCUCGAGACUAUGGGUACUAUGUAUGUGCCUGCAGCUGGUUGGAUGAAUCAUAAGGUUCCAAGUAUUGGUAAUUAUAUCGUAGCAAUAAAGAAAACCAAAUAA